AACGAAUUAUGUUGGAAGAGAAACGUCAAAAAAGCGUUGUAACUUCGGUUUUGUUAAAGAUUUGUAAAAAUUAAUUGCUAUGCAAUAAAUUAAGUGAAGUGCUAUAAUAUUAUUAUAAAUAAUAAUUUACAAAAGUGUGUAAAGUACCGAAAAUGCAUAAACUACAUAAAACAAAUAAAAGAAGAUAAGUGCGUUUGAAAGUGUGUAGGAUGACAAACUAGGUGCUGCAAUUCUAAUUACUGCUAACACAUUACUUCGAGAUACUUUAACUAUUAAUAACAAAUAUAGGCAAGCAGUGUAUAACCACCUUUUUAUUUUCCUCAUUAUUUGAUACCAACUUUAAACCGCUGCGGUCUAAAAAGAGAUUUAUUUCAAAACUAAUCUACAUACCGUCAUACUUCAAACCACAAAAUGGUUGAUCCAAUACUGGCGACUAAUUACAAUGUUUUAGAGGUAAUAUUCUCUUAUUUGGAUUUACGUGAUUUGCGAAAUUGUGCAUUGGUUUGCUGGAAUUGGUAUCACUUUCUGAACGAUGAAAGCUCAGAAGUAUGGCGUAUGCAUUGCCUACGGAAAUUACCACAAGAGGCUAUCAAAUCAGAUUUGUUAUCUUCAGUUACUACGUAUAAGAAAAGAUUACGCGCUUAUUACCAUGCCUGGAACCCCAAUGAUUGCUCACGUAAUGUUUAUAUAAAACCAAAUGGUUUUACCUUGCAUCGCAAUCCUGUGGCGCAGAGCACAGACGCAGCACGUGGUAAAAUUGGUUUUCGGCAAGGACGUCAUUCAUGGGAGGUCAUAUGGGAGGGACCACUUGGCACGGUCGCCGUAAUUGGUAUAUCCACAAAAGAGGCAGCUCUACAGUGUCACGGUUACGUGGCUUUAUUGGGUUCAGACGAUCAGAGCUGGGGUUGGAAUUUGGUGGAAAAUACGUUGCUGCAUAAUGGUGAUGCGCAAGGCAAUUAUCCCUUGUUAAAUAAUCCACCAAAAUAUCAGGUCGGCGAACGGAUACGCGUCAUACUUGAUUGCGAUGAUAAUACGUUAUCUUUCGAAAAGAACAGUGAAUUUCUAGGUGUAGCAUUUAAGGGUUUGCCAGAUAAGAAGCUGUAUCCAACAGUGUCCGCGGUAUAUGGCAACACGGAGGUAUCGAUGGUGUAUUUAGGACCGCCGUUAGAUGGUUGAAAUUUUCAUUUCCUUUUUUUCUACAGACAGUAUGGUAAAAUAAUUAGAAAAGCAUAAAUACUAUAUGUAAAGGAUACACGUUUUCAUCCAAAAAAGAGGCAAUGAUUUUAAUAGCAUAACUUUUAUACUUAAUUUUUCUAACUAAGCAAACAAAUGAAGUACAGUAAAGUUUUCUUACGCACUCAAAUUCUAUAGAUUCAGUUUAGCUUCCAAUUUUUGAGCAAAUAACUUUCUUAAUUAAACAAUUAAUAGUUUUUAAUCGCAAGUGUUUUAGUUUAUUGACAAAAAAUAGAUUCAAAGUUUACACUUAUAGCAACGUCUCUUCAAAAACUCCAGACAGUGAAGUGUGGGAAAAGUAUAAAGUGUUUAGUUACUUGUGCUUGCUUAAGCUAAAGUGGGCAUCAAUUUAAAAGUUUGUUAGCAAGCAAACAAGAAAAUUGUGUUAACCCGUGUGCAAUAUUUGUAACGUGAGAUUCAGUAGGUUAUUAUACACAUAUUUUGAUGCAUAGAAAAUGUGCUUUAAUUUUAAUGAGUCACAAUUUGUGUAAUUCGAAGAAAAAUACACACACGUAACACUUGAAAAAUACGCUUUAUAAGCUAUGUGGCACAGAAUCACCUUUAAUACAUUUCUUCACUGUUGGUCAAUUUCAUAAGUUGCACAGCUAGUCCAUCUUCUCUCGUUUAGUUAUUAGUUGAACAAUUGUAAAUAUAACUUUAAUUUAUUUUAAGUUUACUUUAAGAUUGUAUGCCUAUUUUACAAAUAUUGUAAGUAGUGAAUCAAAUCGGUCAUUUAUAUUAUUUUACUCUCAAAGAUAACGGAUAAGUUAAGCGAAAAUGUAUAUGUAAAUAUAAGAAAAUAUAAAAUCACAUUAAAAAUUCAAAUGAACGUGGUUUUAUUAAUUAAAAUAUUACUUAUAUUUAACAUGUUUGCGAAAAUGCACAUUUAUCCACUAGUGUUUGCUGGCAUAUCAUCAUCAUCAUCAAAUAAAUCAUCGAAAUCGUUGUAGAAGUCGGCAUGCACCUGCUUCUCAUUAGUUGGCAAAUCGAUGAGUAGACCGGAUGAGCUACCCGACUGCAAUGAGAAGGCAUGGAUGUGUAUAAAAAUUGAUAUAUGGAUAUUACUAGUAUAUUAAAUAAGGCUGUGGAAAUUGUUUACUUGACCAUGCCUCAUCUGCAACAAUACACUUACCUCUUCCAUAUCUGUGCUGAACAUUUCAUCGGCAGCCGGUGUUGGCUUCAUCUCGCGCAAUACAGGAUCCGUUUUACUGGUAAAUAUUUAACUUGUGCCUUACAAAAUGUUUUUGUAAACUUAACUUUUUGCAAAUAAAACGAUUUCCGCACAAAUAUCAAACAAUGAAUUUAUUGGCGAUAAGAAAA